UCAGAUAAGAUAGAUAUUGAUAAGUGACAGUACUAGUGGUUCAGAGUAACAAUCAGAAGAAACUCUUCUUGAAUGAAUUCCCCAGACAUCCACGUCCUCGCAGAGGCAUCCGUCACUUCUCUGCGCGUAAAACCUGUUCCACAGGCCUCUGCCAUCCCCACGCAAUUCUCCUACUCCCCUAGUGACGACGGAACGGACGAGAACCUCCUUAUUCUCCUCCACGGGCUUGGUGACACCAAUGUCCCCUUUGCGCGCCUUGGGAGAUCACUCAAGCUCCCGCAAACAGCCACCCUCGCGCUCCGCGCACCCGAUCUUGUCCCCUUCCUGUACGAACAGGCUUUUCAGUGGUAUCCUUCCUUCGACCAGCUCGGUGACCUCAUCGAACGACCAGACCCCAGCCCUGCACUCAAUCUUCUGCAGCAUAUCUUCGGCCAUCUAAUGGGUGAAUGUGGAUGGCCUCCACAUCGCAUACACUUGUUCGGAUUCGCGCAAGGCGGAAGUGUUGCAGCCGAAGCAUGUCUGCAAUGGUGGCGUCGCGAGCUAGAACUUUCAUCACAGUCGCGUAUGACCAACAAAGAGACCCCCAUGCGGCCUUUUGGUUCGCUCGUCACCAUUUCUGGCCCGCUGCUCUCAUACCCAACGCUCUCGAAACCAUGCGAGACGCCUGUUCUUGUGUUUCGCCGCCCACGUGAGCUCAAGAAUGAGGCGCUAGUUGCAUUCAGGAAGGGUUUCUCUCGAGUAAAGGAUGUGGAGCGUGCGGGUGAGGGUAUGCCACGCGCAAGCUUAAGGGAGGAAUGGCAGCCAAUCUUGGAGUUCUGGAGUGAGGUGCUUGGAUGGCGUCCCGGGGAUGGUCUGUAUGAAGUCACAACAGGAACGUCAAAUUAAGAACGGGCAAUACUAUUAAAAUAUUGAAGACCGACAGAAAGCAACCUUUGCGUUGCUUUGUGAAAGGUAAGGGGCAUAUGGACAUGGCGCAGGUACAACAAUGUAAUAAAUGUAUUGUGAAUUCUAAUAUACUGGUCGUACUUCAUGAGCGUCAUCAACGAGCUCAACUUGAC